UACGUUGACAGAGCAAAGGCAAGGCCAAACUUAAGGACUUUUUCUCUAACUAAGUAACAAGUAAUCGGGAAAGCAAUCCAAGAUUAUGAUCUGAAUCUCUCUGGUUUUUACCAAAAACUAAACUUUUUGGUCGAAAAAUCGGAAAGGGUUUCCUUGGAAUAUUGUUCAGUGAUCCCUCUGGUUCCGGAGGGGUAUUGCAGUUCAUGAUGGGAUUUUGCAUCUGCCCGUUGGAGUCUCCGGCGAGAUUACUAUGGAGUACAAGCUUCUUCCGUCAUAAGAUUAUGAUCUUUUAAUCCUCUUUUUGUUUUUUUUAACUUCCUCUCGUUCUUCUUACUUUCAACCCGAUCCUCUCUCUCUCUCUCUCUCUCGCUCUGUUUCAUCUUUCUUUUCUUUGCUUUCGAAAUCUGUGAUUUGAAGAAGUUUGUUUUUUGUUUUUCCCUGGGAUAAUCAUCGAUGGAAUCCAAUUCGUUUUUCUUCGAUCCAUCUCCCUCCCAUGGCAACAUGUUCUUCCUUGGGAAUCUCAAUCCCGUCGUCCAAGGAGCAAAAUCGGUGUUGAACAUGGAUGAAACAUCAAAGCGAAGGCCUUUCUUUAGCUCGCCGGAGGAUCUCUAUGAGGAGGAGUAUUACGACGACCAGAUGCCCGAGAAAAAGCGUCGCCUCACUACCGAACAGGUGCAUCUGCUGGAGAAAAGCUUCGAGAAGGAGAACAAGCUAGAGCCAGAGCGCAAGACUCAGCUUGCCAAGAAGCUUGGUCUACAGCCAAGGCAAGUGGCCGUCUGGUUUCAAAACCGCCGAGCUCGUUGGAAAACCAAACAGCUCGAGAGAGACUUCGAUCUUCUCAAGUCCACUUACGACCAACUCCUCUCUAACUACGACUCCAUCGUCAAGGAGAACGAUCUGCUCAGAUCCCAGAUGGCUUCCCUCGCCGAGAAGCUCCAAGCCAAAGAAGAGGCAGCCAUUGAGCCACCGGGUCAAGUACCCGAACCAAACCAACUCGAUCCGCUAAACAUUAACCGGUUCGAACCAGCAAUCAAAACAGAGGACCGGUUAAGUUCAGGGAGUGUUGGGAGUGCUGUACUAGACGAGGACGCACCUCAGCUACUAGACAGCUGUGACUCUUACUUCCCAAUCAUCGUACCCAUCCACUCGGAAGAUGAUAACAACUACAACAAUCCCGGUACUGCUAAUGACCGGAGCUGUUUCGCCGACGUCUUUGUGCCCACCACUUCGCCGUCGCAUGACCACGGCGAAUCACUCGGAUUCUGGGGCUGGCCUUGAAA